AUGGCUUCCUUUCAGACAAUCAUUCUUACCAUUCUCGGCAUCUCCUUUGUGGUUUUUGUCAUCUUUUUUGGCCGCAUCCCCGCGUUAAGAAACACCCCCAUCGCCGGUUUGAACAGGCUCAUCCUGGUCCACAUUCCAAAUGCGACGUUGGCGUUGGACAACAGGCUGACCGGCGGCCGGCUCAGCACCUCGCUACUCCGGUUCGGUAGCUUCAUGAUGAACGACAGACACCCCACAGUCCUAAUCUUCUACAUUGUACUACUAGUUGGAUCAGAGUACAUCUUCCUCCCUUCGGCCUGGCAGUACAUGUCGACCUUCCACCGGGUGGCCGGAUCCAUCGCCAUCCUCCUCCCCUACAUCUUCCUGUACCUAGCCGCCUUCACUGACCCGGGCUACAUCACCCACUCUAACCACGCCUACCACAUGCAACUCUAUCCUUACGACUAUUCCAUCUUCCUUCCGGGCCACGACUGCCGCACCUGCCGCUUCCUCAAGCCCGCGCGCUCCAAGCACUGCAACAUCUGCAAGAAGUGCGUUGGUCGCAUGGACCACCACUGCAUCUUCAUCAACAACCUCCUACGGCGCUCUUAUGGGCGCAUCCAUCAUGGCCGAGCAAAUCAGCAAAAGUACCCGUACUGGUCCAUCUGGCCCGCCAAGGACCUUGACUGGCACCAGUACUUCAUGGGCUGGGGAUAUGGCAUUCAACAGACCCUCGGCAUCGGCGCAAUCACCCUACUCACCGGUAUGCUCGCCCCCAUGGUCUGGAGCCUCCUCGCCUACACCCUGUUCCUCGUCUACUGCGGCACCACCACGAACGAGACCCUCAAGUGGUCCGACUGGAAGGUCGACAUGAGUGACGGCUACGCGUUCUCGCGCCACAUGUCCCCCAACCGCCAGAAGCUCACCACCAUAGAACCGGCCUUCACCAGGUGGCCCGUCGAUACUAAGCAGGUCCUCACUAGCUGCGAAAACGGCCAGGCCCCACCCCAGGACGCCCCAUUGCCGGGCGAAGGCCCCUGGGAGCGCGCUUGGAGCCUCCGGGACUUUACAAACUUGUACGAUCUAGGUUUUGCGGAUAACCUCCGGGAUAUAUUCUUCCUCGACUACGACUUCCGCCGCGGUAGGCUGCCGGGCACGCAGCGUCGGCGUAGAAAGCAGAAGGCACCCAAAGCAUCACCCCUUUGA